AUGGCGACCUCCAUGCUAAUCUACACUCCCUUCUCAAUCUCCUCAACCUCUGCUCCUCGCAACUUCAUCACAUCCGCGGCAGCAACGUCCGCUUCAAUUUCCACUCCUCAAAGAAAACCGCGGCGGAAAAAGAAACAGAGCGACCUGAAAUCACCCGAGGACCUUGGAUAUUCCGGAAGCGCCGAUUCGAAUUUCACGCCCUCAAAUGCCGAGAAGCUUCUGAGGCUGGUAUUCAUGGAGGCGCUGAUGGAGCGAGCCAGGAACGGCAGCGUUUCGGGAGUGUCCGAUGUCAUCUAUGAUAUGAUUGCGGCGGGGCUGACGCCUGGGCCCAGGUCGUUUCAUGGUCUUGUUGUUGCUCACGUGCUGAAUCGAGAUGGAGAAGGCGCUAUGCAUGCUCUUAAAAGGGAACUGAGUGAGGGUCUUCGGCCACUUCACGAAACAUUUGUUGCAUUAAUUCGUUUAUUUGGCACAAAAGGUCAUGCUACUAGAGGACUAGAAAUUCUCGCAGCAAUGGAGAAACUCAACUAUGACAUUCGGCAAGCUUGGCUGCUUCUUGUUGAGGAGCUUGUGAAAUGCAAUCAUCUCGAAGAUGCCAAUAGAGUUUUCCUGAAGGGUUCUGGAGGUGGUCUCAAAGCUACGGAUGAGCUUUAUGAUCUUCUAAUUGAAGAGGAUUGUAAAGUUGGAGAUCACUCAAAUGCAUUGACCAUAGCAUAUGAAAUGGAGGCAGCUGGUAGAAUGGCAACUACAUUUCACUUCAAUUGCCUUUUGAGUGUGCAGGCUACAUGUGGGAUUCCUGAAAUUGCCUUUUCCACCUUCGAGAACAUGGAAUAUGGAGAAGCUUAUAUGAAACCUGACACGGAGACAUAUAAUUGGGUGAUACAAGCGUAUACAAGAGCUGAAUCCUAUGACAGGGUUCAAGAUGUUGCGGAGUUACUUGGGAUGAUGGUUGAAGACUACAAACGUUUGCAACCAAAUGUGAGAACCUACGCGUUGUUGGUGGAGUGUUUUACGAAGUAUUGCGUUACAAGAGAAGCCAUUCGACAUUUUCGUGCACUUAAAAGAUAUGAAGGUGGAACCAUAGUUUUAUAUAAUAAGGGGCAGGAUGGUGAUCCACUGUCUUUAUAUCUCCGUGCUUUGUGUCGAGAAGGAAGAAUUGUUGAGUUACUAGAAGCUCUUGAAACUAUGGCGAAAGAUAACCAACAAAUCCCUCCCAGAGCCAUGAUAAUGAGCAGGAAGUAUCGGACACUAGUUAGCUCGUGGAUUGAACCUUUGCAGGAAGAAGCUGAAGUUGGGCAUGACAUCGAUUACAUUGCCAGGUACAUUGCAGAAGGUGGGCUUACAGGUGAGCGCAAGAGAUGGGUUCCACGUAGAGGAAAAACUCCAUUAGAUCCUGAUGCUGAAGGUUUCAUAUAUUCCAAUCCUAUGGAAACCUCUUUCAAACAACGUUGUCUUGAAGAAUGGAAAAUACAUCACCGGAAACUCUUGAGAAUGCUACGGAAUGAAGGGCCUUCUGUCUUGGGGAAUGUUUCGGAGUCUGACUACAUCAGAGUUGAGGAGAGAUUGAAGAAAAUCAUUAAAGGUCCUAAACGAAAUUCCUUAAAACCAAAAGCUGCUAGUAAAAUGGUUGUAUCGGAGCUAAGGGAGGAGCUGGAAGCUCAAGGUUUGCCAACUGAUGGCACCAGAAAUGUUCUUUACCAGCGUGUACAGAAAGCUAGGAGAAUAAACCGUUCUAGAGGUCGACCCCUUUGGAUUCCUCCUGUGGAAGAGGAAGAAGAGGAGGUUGAUGAAGAGUUGGAUGAACUAAUUUCACGAAUUAAGUUGCAAGAAGGUAACACAGAGUUCUGGAGACGUCGCUUUCUAGGAGAGGACCUGAAUGAAAAUCACAGCAAGUUGUUAGACGUCAAAGAAGAUGGCAUUACUGACAUCACCGACGAUGGUGAUAUGAGUGAUGAUGCAGUCAAAGAGACUGAAGAUGAUGAGGUCGAUGAACAAGAGGAAGUCGAACAAACUGAAAUCCAAGUGGGCCCCCAAGUUAAGGAUAAGGAAGUUGAAGCUGACAAACCUCUUCAAAUGAUUGGAGUGCAGUUGUUGAACGACUCUGAUCAGAGGAGUGGGUCAGCAAGGAAAUCAAAGAAAAAGUCUCGGGCAUCCAUGGAGAAUGACGAUGAUGAAGAUUGGUUCCCCGAGGACAUGCAGGAAGCAUUCAAGGAAUUGAGAAACAGGAAAAUAUUUGAUGUGUCAGACAUGUAUACAAUAGCUGAUGCUUGGGGCUGGACAUGGGAGAAGGAUUUGAAGAACAAAGCUCCUAGAAGAUGGUCACAGGAGUGGGAAGUUGAAUUGGCUGUUAAAGUGAUGACAAAGGUAAUCGACUUGGGUGGAACACCAACUAUUGGGGAUUGUGCCAUGGUACUUCGAGCUGCUAUACGAGCUCCUAUGCCCUCAGCCUUCCUCCAGAUUUUGCACACUACACAUAGACUUGGAUAUGUUUUCGGCAGCCCAUUGUACGAGGAGAUCAUCAGCCUGUGCCUUGAUCUCGGGGAACUUGAUGCGUCCAUUGCCAUUGUAGCGGACUUGGAGACGAGUGGGAUCAAAGUCUCUGAUGAAACCAUUGACAGAGUCAUAGCUGCAAGACAGGCAAAUGAUAUUCCUGCUAAUGGUGCAUCUCUAUAG